CACUCGCUCAUUUGCGACUCAAGUCAUUGUUACGCUGCACAUCCAGACGAAGGCGACUAGGGAGCAACAUGAAUCUCUUCCGGUUGGUUGGCGACCUCUCCCAUUUGGCCUCCAUAUUGAUCCUGCUGCAUAAAAUACAGACAACGAGGUCGUGUCGCGGCAUCUCGUUCAAGACGCAGGCAAUCUAUGUUGCUGUGUUUAUCACACGCUACUUAGACCUGCUCUUCGGUGAAUGGGUAUCUCUAUAUAACUUCUUGAUGAAGAUCUUCUUCAUUGGGAGCAGCUGCUACAUCCUUUACCUCAUGAAGUUCAAACAUCGACCAACAAACGACCCCUCUAUCGACACAUUCAAAGUCGAGUACUUGGUCGGACCCGCCUUCUUGCUCUCCCUCAUCUUCAACUAUGGCUUCACCUUCGCAGAGGUCUCAUGGGCUUUUUCCAUUUUCCUCGAGUCGGUCGCUAUCCUCCCGCAAUUGUUCCUCCUGCAGCGCACAGGCGAAGCUGAGACCAUCACGACGCAUUACCUAGCCGCGCUCGGGGCGUAUCGAGGGUUAUAUAUCCCUAACUGGAUCUAUCGGUAUUUUGUGGAAGACGUAGUGGAUCCAAUAGCCGUCAUUGCAGGCCUUGUCCAAACAGCACUUUACCUGGAUUUCUUCUACGUGUAUUUCACUAAGGUGCUGCAAGGACAGAAGUUCGAGCUUCCAGCAUGAACCGUCAGGUUACGGUUGUCGUCCUUCGUCGAAGAGAAUACGAGUGCGAAAAGGGAACGGAUGUGCAGAGUCAUAUCUUAUACAUUGCAGCGCUCUGGAGCAGAUAGUAGAGGGCCUUGCGUAGCUUCGUGCAGGCGGGCGAUGUCUUCAUUUCCUCAGCAGAAAGACUUCGGUUUCAUGUCUC